AUGGGCUGGAAAAGCAUGUUAAUAAUCACCGCAGGCCCUUAUGCCCCGAGUGCUCAGCUUUGCCCCAGAAAUGGAACUAACUGGAGGGUCGGUAUGCGAAGAGAGGUCCCCCUUGUAACAGGAGUGAAGAAUGACCCGACCCGGCCACAAGAAGACAGGCAGAAUGGCGGGGCAAUGGUACCAGACGUUAAGGAGAAAGAAGUCAGGGAGGAACCUGAGGAAAAACCGCUUUCUUACCAAUUAGAAGGAAGAAAGAAGGAGUCGCUGGUCCGGGAAACGAAGUACGCUUUGGUGAGCGAGAAGCAGCCAGAUAUAGGAGAAGGGGCGGUUAGCUUAGUAAAGAGAGUAUAUAGUUCCACUUGGUGA